UCCGGAAGGGGCCGGCUGCGGCGUAGCACCGCCCCGGGAGCGACCUUCAGCCUUUCCCCGCCCCACACCAUCGAGACGGGCUGGCCCUUCCCCCAUGUGCGGCCGCAGGGAGCGCGGGAAGGCGCCUGCCCGGCUCAAUGUUAGCUUGCUACUAAUGGGUGUGAGUAAACUGGAUAUUUUGUACAGACGGCUUCUCCUCACUAAACUUUUCAUCCAAGGAUGGGGAAGACCAGAAGAUCUGAAAAGAAUAUUUGAAUUCAGAAAGAUUAUUGGAAACCGGGAAAAAUGCCAGAAGCUGGUUCCAAGAGAUUAUCCAGUGUUCAUUGACAAGGUUGAGGAGCAAUCUGACUGUAAAAUACUCAAUGGGCACUUCAUUUCCCCGUUGAUUCACUACAUUCCCAAUAUCCUGCCAACUGAAUCCAUCAUAGCAAGGUUUCAGUUCAUAAUACCCAAGAGAUGGAACAGCAAAUACAAACCUGUGUGCAUUCAUCUAGCAGGCACUGGAGAUCAUUACUACUGGAGAAGACGCACACUAAUGGCCCGUCCAAUGAUCAAAGAGGCUUGCAUGGCUUCUCUAUUGUUAGAAAACCCUUACUAUGGCUGCAGAAAACCUAAGGACCAAAUUGAGGAAAGAAGAUCAAGUUUAAAAAAUGUCUCUGACCUGUUUGUGAUGGGAGGAGCUCUUGUUUUAGAAUCAGCAGCUCUUUUGCACUGGCUAGAGAGAGAGGGCUAUGGACCUCUAGGGAUGACUGGAAUAUCCAUGGGAGGACAUAUGGCUUCAUUAGCAGUGACAAACUGGCCUAAACCAUUGCCAUUGGUUCCUUGUCUUUCCUGGUCCACAGCUUCUGGUGUCUUUACUACGGGUGUGUUAAGCAAAGCAGUGAACUGGAGAGAGCUAGAGAAACAGUACUAUACACAAACUGUUUAUGAAGAAGAAAUCAUUCAAAUGCUUGAAUAUUGUGGAAUUACUGUUCAUGACCAGCUAUUACAGACACCAGUUUACUUUAGUUCUCAAAAUAAAGCAAUGAAAGAAGACAUAACCAGGUACUCUUUCAAGAUGGGACAAGACUUUGUUAAAAAUUCCCCCAACAGUGUGGACAGUCUGAACAACCUAGCUCUGACUUCCAGAAUGUUGAAUCUGGAUACCACAAGCAAAAUUCUGUCUACAGAAGCCAUUCACUGCCUUAGCACUAGUAAAAGUACUCUAAGUGCCUCAUCAGAAAAACACUUACUGCAAGAUGCUCCUACAAUGCAGUGUAUAAAUCAAACAUUUUCAACCAGCAGCAAUAAGAACUUCACCAGCCUACAGAAGCACCUGAUAAGUGAAGAAAGGAAAAGGGACGCUUUACAGAGAGAAUCACUAAGGUUCAUGAAAGGAGUUAUGGAUGAAUGUACCCAUGUAGCUAAUUUCUCAGUUCCAGUUGACCCAAGUCUAAUCAUAGUUGUUCAAGCCAAGGAGGAUGCGUAUGUUCCACGAACUGGAGUGCGCAGCCUUCAAGAUAUCUGGCCAGGAUGUGAAAUCAGGUAUCUGGGUGGAGGUCAUAUCAGUGCCUACCUCUUCAAACAAGGACUCUUCAGGCAAGCCAUUUAUGAUGCAUUUGAGCGCUUUCUCCAAAAAUAUGCUGCUUAAUGGUCUUCAUUAUUAAUUUACUCAAUGUGGUCUUGUGUGAGCUUUCCGUAUCUGGAAUUGUAUAUUGGCAUGCUUUGGAAAGCCAGCCUAUUACACCAAUCCUGAAUGGAUGGACACCAACACUGAAUGUCAUACCCAGCAAUUAUCAAUAUUGGCAAAGCAUUAAUAAUAGUAGUUUCAGUUCAACCAAAUGCCCAUCUAAGACAUAUCUGCAUUAAUUUGAACCAUGAAAAUUUUGGCAACGUUGGUUAAUGUAUGAGGGAUUCUAUGUACUUCAUAUUGUCUAUUAUUUUAUCACUUCACGUAUGACAUUCUGUUCUGAUUAGUUUGCAUAUCAGCUGUAAAGAGACCAAUAUAAUUCCAAUAGAACUGUUCAAAUCUAUCCUUUAGGAUUUUAAUACUUCUGUAUUUAAUGCAUUGCUAUUUUUUCCUGUUACCAAUUUUUUUCCUGCCCACACUGUUUUGCCUGCUUUUUCCUGUGCUGUUGCUAAAGAUUUGUUUUUAAAAAGGGCUCCUCCUGCAAGCCCAACGUCAUGUGUUUCAUUGCCAUUGUUUUUGAUUGUCCCAAAUUCACCGUUGUGACUUAAAACUGCAGGAAUAAAUAAGAGAAGAUGAACAGCAAUGGGAAUAGAAAAGUCUCUCUCAAAAAAGCGUUAUCUAGGAAAAAAGUAAAUAAAGGCAUAUUUUAUUGA